UCCUGAUUGAUUUUGGGCAAAAUCCGAAGAAGUAAUGCUUCUGAAUGCGGAAUAACAGAUUGUGUAAGCUGAAAGAAAGGAUUUUUGGGAGUUGGGUUGAAGUUCUUGAGGCUUGUGGCAUUGGUAUCUGACAUUGAAAAUUCAAUUUAGGUUUGUUCAAAGAUAAUUAUAAUGGAGUGUGCAGAGCAAAAAAGAUGCCAAGAAUGGUCCAAAUCAUCAUCUUUCUACCGCAGGAUAUAUUCAGAGGUAGAAGAGAUAGGAUGGGAGCACCUUGUUAGAUUUGGGGAAGAUCUGAGACUUCUCAUUUUUCGCGUCAAGGACAAGAAGGGAAGAGUCCACAUUCUGCAGAUAACUUUGGAUGGAACAUAUCCUAACCAUCCGCCUUCAAUAUCCGCGGACGUGCCUUAUCUCUUCAAUUUGAAAUGGUCAAUAAAUUCAAGACUGAAAGAUGUUAUCCAACAGUUUCAGAAGCAUCUUGAGAAGCUUCAAGACUUUUGGAAUCUAAUAGAUGACAUUGACCACUCUCUUUUGGUUUCUGAUCUACAAUAUCCUCAACGUGCUUUGUCACAUCGCCAACUUAAUAUAAGUAAUGACUGCUACAUCAUAUUUUCUAUAGAUGCUAAUGAUCCGGCAUCCCUACCAGACUGCCGCUUUCUUGGUUCAGAUUCAGGGGUAGAGAGACUGAGGGCAAUGUGGAGGAAAAACUGCAAAUUUUGGAUGAGAGACAAGCCGUUUUCUGAGAAUCUAGCACACGUAUUGGAUAUUCAACUUCAUGGACCUUCAAGCAUUCAGAAAACUGAUCCACAAACUGAAUGUGGCAUUUGUUAUGCACAAUAUCUUCCAAUUGAUGAUGAACUUGGUGAUAAGAGUGGAAGUAGCACUGAUUGUACAUGUGAAAAUAACAGCUGCAGUAGGGCCUUCCACACUGUUUGCCUUGGAGAUUGGCUGCGUUCCAUCACAACAACUAGGCAGUCGUUUGAUGUUUUGUUUGGCAAUUGUCCAUACUGUUCUGAUCCAAUUGCUGUCAAAAUGUAUACUAGGAAGUGAUACAGAAGGCUGAAUUGUGGUGAAUAUUAUCUUUUUGACAAUAUCAUUUCCUUUGGUUACAAGUGACCCUGAAUGUGAAACCUUGUUAGGGACAGGAAUAAUUCUUAUUUUAUACUGUUUCUAAGGAUCUGGUUGAGGUAAUUGUAGAUGAAAGUGGUAGAUGAUUAUGAGGUAAUUGUAGAUGAAAGUGGUAGAUUAUUAAAAGGGAAAAGUACUCAAACUAUUGAAGUAAUUAUAUGCCCCUACCUAAAGGUGUACAUAGUUCGAGUUGGUUUAGGUUUCCAAAUAUCAAAUCAAAUUAUAAACCAAAUCAAUAAAAGUUGGAUUUUUCAA